AUGUUGCUCGGAAUACAUGUUUUCACAUACUUCGGGGGCUCUGGUUACAAUUCAAUUGAUGGUGACUUUUCUGACAUUAAGUAUGUUGUUAUGCAGCUUUCUAGGAGCCUGACUGAUGUGAAUCGUAAGCAUGAGGUUCUUCAAGUUGAGAUGGAACGUUUGUCUUCUGUGUUGCCACAAGUUACGUCAGGGCACAAAAGUAAGGAGGCAUUGGAACCUUGUCGGCGUAAUAAUUUACACAACCAAAUUGGAGAAGUACUCGAUUACGAUAGACAGAUAACUGACUUCGCACUCGAGUCUGCGGGUGCAAGGGUGAUAGAUACAGCAGACACUAUAGAACAUGUGCAGUACGAAUCUCCAGUAGGCUACGCACUGCAUGUAUUUACUUCGUGGGUCUGUCGAAAUUGUCUCGGAGCGCGAGCCAUGAUUAGACCGAGUUCUCUGCCUGGCGAGUGUUGGGCAUUCAAGGGUUCUAGAGGGGAAGCUACGAUACUUCUUCUAGGGACUGUAAAAAUCACGGGUUUCAGCAUUGAACAUAUUCCAGCUCAGAUUUCGCCAACAAGGGAAAUAUCGUCGGCUCCACGCCUAUGUCAAGUUGAAGGGCUUGAAUAUCGGACGGAUGCUUACGGUCACGAUUAUGGCACCUUUGAAUACGAUAAAGAUGGGAAACCCAAUCAAUAUUUCGAGGUGGCUCAUCCUACUAACAAGGCGUUUAAUAUGGUGAGAUUAAGAGUGAUGUCCAACUGGGGCCAUCCGGUCCACACUUGCGUAUAUCGUUUUAGAGUACACGGAGAACUGGUGCACGGACAGCUGCCGAAGAAUUCUGGCGAUGACAAUAUAUUAGAGGUUAUAGAAAAUGAAUAG